AUGGAAAAGAGGAGGAAUGUAACCGAAUUCAUCCUAUUGGGUCUGACCCAAAACCCAGAACUGCGCCAUCUCCUGUCUGCUCUGUUUCUAGUCACCUACUUGAUCACACUGGUAGGUAACCUGCUCAUCUCAGUCACCAUCUUCAUCAGCCCCGCACUGGGUUCUCCCAUGUACUUUUUUUUGUCUUACUUGUCCAUGAUCGAUGGUUUCUACUCUUCUUGCAUCGCACCCAAAAUGAUCUUUGACUUGAUCUCUAAAAAGAACACGAUAUCCUUCAAUGACUGCAUGACUCAGCUUUUUGCAGAGCAUUUGUUUGCUGGGGCUGAGAUCGUGUUGUUGAUUGCCAUGGCCUAUGACCGCUACGUGGCCAUCUGUAAGCCUCUGCACUACACGACCAUCAUGAGCCGACCUGUGUGCACUUUCCUGGUGGGAAUUUCUGGGGUGAUAGGGUUUCUUCACGGAGGGCUCCAGGUUUUGCUCAUCCUCCAGUUGCCAUUCUGUGGCCCCAAUGUCAUUGACCAUUUCAUGUGUGAUUUGAUUGCUCUCCUGGAACUCGCCUGCACAGACACCCACACUCUGGGGCCCCUGAUAGCUGCCAACAGUGGGUCAAUGUGCUUGCUCACAUUUUCCAUGCUGGUUACUUCCUAUGCCAUUAUCCUUCAUUCCCUGAGGAACCAUAGUGCUGAAGGGCGUCGCAAAGCUCUGUCCACCUGUGCCUCUCAUGUCACUGUAGUCGUCUUAUUCUUUGUUCCCUGCAUGUUCCUGUACCUAAGACCCAUGAAUUCUUUCCCCACUGACAAAGCUGUGACUGUGUUUUGCACCAUCGUAACUCCUAUGCUGAACCCUUUAAUCUAUACUCUUAGAAAUAAAGAAGUGAAAAAUGUGGUGAAGAAACUCUGGAGGCAAAUAAUGAAAACUUCCCAUAAAUAA